AUGGUAAACCUUACGAAAGGUGAAAUUGCCCUUUAUGAUAGGCAAAUUAGGCUAUGGGGCUUCGAAGCGCAGCAUCGGAUUCGAAGUAGCCAUAUUCUUGUAAUCAACUUCUCUUGUGUUGGAGCAGAAAUAGUUAAAAAUCUAGUGCUGGGAGGGCUGGGAUUUCUCACCAUUAUUGAUUCGGGGAAGAUUUUAGAACAAGACUUGAGUGGAAAUUUUUUCUUUGACGUUUCAUUGCUGGGAUGUUCAAAACUGGAUAGCACUGUCAAAGAACGAAUUCAGGAACUUAAUCCUCGUGUUGAUAUUGUUACAGAUACUUGUACAUGGGCAGAAAAAUCACAAGCAUGGUUUAAUCGAUUUGAUAUAAUUAUUUGCACCGAAUUUGAUGCUACUCAGAUCGAAAGUAUAAGCCGCACAUCUCGAUCGUUGAAUAUACCUCUCUACGUUGUCAAUACACAUGGUCUAUAUGGAAUGAUCUUUGUCGAUCUAAUAGACCACAGUUCUCAUCUACGACUUGCGAAAAAUAGAAUCAGAAGGAAGCCUGGUCGUUCAAACUCAGUCAGAGAAAUUGUGCAUGUUGAAGAAAAAACUGAGAAUGAUGUGGAGUACGAAGAUUGCCUCAUUCAAAACUAUUACACUUCUUUCGACAGAAUCUUGGAGAAACCUAAAUUAAAGGAGUUUUUUCCGACCAUGAAAAAAUUAAACAAGAUUGACAGCACUCUAAUCGUUCUUCUAGGAUGCCUGAAAAUCCCAACCUCAUACAACUAUCCAAUUGGAACCGUUCAGGUUACUAAAUUGGAACUUCUAGAAUUUGCUAAUGAAAUUGCUCGUAAAUUGGGUCUCACGAGUCUAGAUCUCAACGAUUUAAUUCUUCAAGAUGUUGCAAGGCAAUUUGGUUGUGAGUUCCAACCCGUGGCGGCUAUAUUAGCCGGAUGUUUGUCUCAGGAUGUAAUUAACAUGCUCAGCAAGAGGGAAAAUCCUAUUAACAAUCUACUUAUAUUUAACGGAAAGAAAGCAGAAAUGCCUAUCUAUACUAUUUAG